UAAGUUUGGGGUCCCACGAGUUUACAACGGAUUCUUAUGAAAUGCCGCCUUUUUACUAAAUUCGGCGUGGUAAAUCGAACAGUGAGUCUUUGUUGUUUGUCAGAAAAGCGUGACCGCUUCUUCAAAAAGGUCCAUUCUUGUUCUCCAAAUACGGUCAGCUAAAUCAUGUCACGCGAAACCAUUCAUCCGAACAUCACACAACCAGAGCACGAUCUCCAAUCAUGUACCAAACUUUACUCCUUGCUGGGGCAAUAACACUCAUCGUUUUGUUGUUAAGUUUAAAGUUUCUUGCAAAACGAAAAGUGCAAAACUUGCAAACUAAAUAUGUCUUCAUCACUGGAUGCGGCUCGGGCUUCGGUCGUGAAACCGCCAUUCGUUUGGACAAGAUGGGAGUUCAUGUAUUGGCCGCCUGUUUAACGAAGCAAGCAGCACAAGAUUUGAAAUCGAUGACGAGCGACAAACUGAAAACAUUUCAAAUGGAUGUUACAGAUUCUCAGCAAAUUAAGGAUGUAUUUAGACAAGUGAAGAACUUGCUACCUUCAGGACAAGGCGUAUGGGGACUGGUGAACAAUGCUGGCAUUGCCAUAGCAGGACCAAUAGAAUGGACACCGCUGGAACAUAUGAAGCGCAGCGCAGACGUCAAUUUGUGGGGAAUGAUUGACGUCACUAAGACCUUUCUGCCGUUGAUUAAAAAGUCCCAGGGAAGAGUGGUUAAUAUGUCGAGUCUUGCAGGUCGUUUGUCGCCUUGUUUUGCGUCCGCUUAUUGUAUCUCCAAAUAUGGUGUUGAAGCCUUUUCAGAUGCGCUCAGACGUGAAAUGAACCCGUGGGGAGUGUUGGUCAGCGUGAUAGAACCAGGGGCGUUUCAGACUGCUGGAAUACACAAAAUUGCUGACUCAAUGAAACAGCUUUGGAAUAAUCUUAGCCCCGAGAUGAAAGAAGAUUAUGAAGAUAAACGUCUUGACGGAAUUGCCAUGGCCAAGGAAAUGAAGCUCAAGAUGGAGAAAACUGCAUCACCGGACACUUACAAAGUUGUGGACGCGAUCGUGGAUUGUCUGACAUCACAGGGACCCCAGACACGUUAUGUGGUUGGCCUGGAUGCAAAACUAAUGGUGUUCAUACCAUAUUUACCAACGUUUAUUGGUGAUUACGUUUUCCGAGUGUGAUAGGCACAAGUGAUUUAACUCCGCAGACAUCGGUGUACUUUGUUGCUUCCUCUUAAGAGCUGUAUGUCACACGGCUAAAAUUUGAACUGACAACACCAGGAAAACACGAACCAAUCAUGUAUCGAUAAAUAAUAAUGUUUAGAUAACCCACCUUCAAAUUAUCGAUUACUAAAUUCCUCUACCCUUGGGCACAUGCAUGCCAAGAUUAAUUAACGAAAAAGUAAAAACCACCCUAAAACACCUCCUUGAAGUAUCACCGUGUCCUAAGAAAUUCUUUUUAAAAUUAUUAAAAUAUAAAAGGAUUUACGCUAACUACACAUGACCACAGGAUCACAUGAUCAACUGUAUGUUGAAUAAAGCGUGAUUUUCAUGAUAAAAAUCUUUACUUGCCAUUUUCGUAAUCUCUAUCAAGAGACCAUGAUCUAUGUCUCUAUGCACCUCUGUGAGCUCCGAUUUCUGGUUGAGAAAGAAAUAUGAGAAAAUCUUCUGUCUAGAGACACAGAAAUAAUUGCCGCUCAGUAUUUAGACGUAAUCCAAUACCAGACGUUCUGUUUGUUUG